CCUGUGAUGAACUUGAGCGCUGUGUUUUGCUGUCGGUUUGACUCUGUAGGACCCAGCGGAAAACUGCUCUUGCUGAAGGGAGCCGGAGCAGGAGAGAGGGGGGAAAGCUGAGUGGAGAGAAGACGUUCCCAGACCAGUCAGUGGCUUCAUGGAGUUCUGUACCUCUGAUCCGCCGCCAUGGAUUGCAAUCCGCGAUCACUUCUUUUCAUUUUACACCUUCUAAUGUCCUGCGUUGUCCCUGCUUUCUUCAUCAUCUACCCCCCCAAUGAAGUUAACCUGUUAGACUCCAAAGCAAGCCAAGGGGAGCUAGGAUGGAUUUCCUACCCGUCACAUGGGUGGGAGGAGAUCAGCGGCGUGGACGAGCACUACACCCCCAUCAGGACCUUCCAGGUCUGCAACGUGAUAGAGUACAGCCAGAACAACUGGCUUCGCACCAACUGGAUCCCUCGCCAGUCGGCGCAGAAGAUCUACGUGGAGCUGAAGUUCACCCUGCGGGACUGCAACUCCAUCCCACUGGUCCUUGGCACAUGUAAGGAGACCUUUAACCUCCUCUACCUGGAGACAGACGAUGACCAGGGGAGCCACUUCAGGGAGCAUCAGUUUCAGAAGAUUGACACCAUUGCAGCCGAUGAGAGCUUUACCCAAACAGACCUUGGAGAUCGCAUCCUCAAGCUCAACACUGAGGUGCGGGAGGUGGGCCCUUUGAGCAAGAAAGGUUUCUACCUGGCAUUCCAGGACGUGGGUGCCUGUGUGGCUUUAGUUUCAGUCAGAGUUUACUUUAAAAAGUGUCCACAAACUGUGAAGAAUUUGGCCUCCUUCCCUGACACUGUGCCCAUGGAUUCCCAGUCCCUGGUUGAGGUCAAAGGCUUGUGUGUCAAUUUCUCAAAAGAGGAGGAACCUCCACGAAUGUACUGCAGCACAGAGGGGGAGUGGCUCGUCCCUAUUGGGAAGUGUCUCUGUAACCCAGGAUACGAGGAGAGAAUCAGCACUUGCCAAAUGUGCAGAGCUGGCUUCUACAAAUCUACCCACGGCAACAUAGAGUGUUCAAAGUGUCCGCCUCAUAGCUUCUCCCACCAUGAGGGGUCAUUGCACUGUGGCUGUGAGAAAAAUUAUUUCCGGGCUGAAGGGGAUCCUGCCUCCAUGGCAUGUACACGACCUCCUUCUGCUCCCCGGAAUGUGAUCUCCUCCAUCAACGAGACCUCAGUUAUCCUGGACUGGAGCUGGCCGGAGGACACAGGAGGACGUAGGGAUAUCACUUUUAAUGUCCUGUGCAAACGCUGCCGGGGUGCUGCUGCCAAUGGGAGCACCAGCGGUACUCUGAAUUGUGAGCCUUGUCGAAGCAACGUCCGCUUUCUGCCAAGAGCGACUGGUCUUCACAACACCACCGUGACAGUGGGUGACCUGUUGGCUCAUACCAAUUACACCUUUGAGAUUGAAGCACAGAAUGGCGUAUCAUCACUGGCACCCAAAAUGAGACAAUAUGCUGCUGUUACCAUUACCACCAAUCAAGCAGCUCCCUCUCCAGUAACAGUGAUCCGAAAGGAGAAGACAUCUCGAAACAGUGUUUCAUUGUCCUGGCAGGAACCAGACAGACCCAACGGCAUCAUCCUGGACUAUGAGAUUAAAUACUACGAAAAGGAAGAACAGGAGACCAGCUAUACCAUUCUUAGAGCUCGGGGUUGUAAUGUGACCCUGAAUGGUCUGAAGCCCAACACAGCCUACCUGCUCCAGAUCAGAGCCCGCACUGCUGCUGGAUAUGGAGCCAGCAGCCCCAGCUUCCAGUUUGAAACCAGCCCUGACUCAGCCUUCUCAAUCUCCAGUGAGAACAGCCAGGUUGUCUUAAUUGCCAUUUCCUGUGCGGUGGCCAUCAUUCUGCUCACCGUGCUGCUCUAUGUCCUGAUUGGAAGGUUUUGUUGCCGCAGCAAAUCCAAACAUCCUGAUGAGAAAAGACUUCACUUUGGCAAUGGCCACUUGCGCCUGCCAGGAAUCAGGACUUAUGUGGAUCCCCACACGUACGAGGAUCCGAGCCAGGCUGUUCAUGAGUUUGCCAAGGAACUUGACGCCUCCUGCAUUGCUAUUGAUAAAGUCGUGGGAGCAGGUGAGUUUGGAGAAGUUUGCAGUGGUCGCCUAAAACUGCCCAGCAAGAAGGAGAUCUGUGUGGCCAUCAAGACUCUUAAAGGAGGAUACACAGACAAGCAGAGGCGGGACUUCCUUGCAGAAGCAUCAAUCAUGGGACAGUUUGAUCACCCCAAUAUCAUCAGGCUGGAGGGCGUAGUGACACGCAGUAAACCCGUGAUGAUUGUCACUGAGUACAUGGAGAACGGAUCCCUCGACAGCUUCCUAAGAAAACAUGAUGCCCAGUUUACAGGAAUCCAGCUGGUCGGCAUGCUGCGUGGUAUCGCCUCGGGCAUGAAAUAUUUGUCAGACAUGGGCUAUGUUCACCGAGACCUGGCAGCCCGAAACAUUCUGGUCAACAGCAAUCUGGUGUGCAAAGUGUCAGACUUUGGCUUGUCCAGAGUACUGGAGGACGACCCGGAGGCUGCGUACACCACCAGGGGAGGAAAAAUCCCCAUCCGGUGGACAGCCCCAGAGGCAAUUGCCUACAGGAAGUUUACAUCAGCCAGCGAUGCUUGGAGUUAUGGCAUCGUUCUCUGGGAGGUGAUGUCAUAUGGAGAACGGCCAUACUGGGAGAUGUCCAAUCAGGAUGUAAUAAAAGCUGUAGACGAGGGUUACCGCUUGCCACCACCCAUGGACUGCCCUGCCACUCUCUAUCAACUCAUGUUGGACUGCUGGCAGAAGGAGCGGAAUAACCGUCCGAAGUUUGACCAAAUUGUCAGCAUCCUUGACAAACUCAUCCGCAACCCCUGCAGCCUCAAAAUCACAGCCAACACUACAUCCAGACCAGCGAACUUGUUGUUGGACAGGAGCAGUGCAGAAGUUCCCUCAGUGGGGACGAUGGGUGACUGGAUGGAUGCCAUGAGGACCUUGCCUUGCAAGGAGGCCUUCUCAGGGGUCAGCUACAGCUCCUGUGACACCCUGGCCAAGACAUCUACAGAGGAUCUGAAAAAGGUUGGAGUGACUAUUGCAGGACCGCAAAAGAAGAUUGUGAGCAGCCUGAAAGCCCUAGAAUCCCAUACCAAGAAUGGUCCAGUACCUGUUUAAAAACAAUAACAAGAAAUGAAAACCACCAGAGACUUUUCUGUUGGUCUGUGUUUACACACACUAACACAGUGGCUACAUAUCUAAAUAAUAUGGAGAUGCAAAUGGAUGGAAAAAACAAAAAAAGAAAUAUCUCAUGUGAUGUCUUUUACGCAUUGUUGAAAGCUUUCUAACAGAGAAGUGGGAACGGGUUCAGAACUGACCUGCUACCUUGUAAGCUGACUGGCUCACCCCUCUCCCUACAUGCCCACAUCGAGAUGCCUUACUGACUAGUCGAGGGGGGAGAGAGAAAACAAAAGGUAAGGAGGUCAGAAAGACAUUACGAGGAACGCAAGCCUGGUCGUUAUUGGAAAACAUAGCAGGGACAGACAAAAUGCUGGAGCUGUCCUUGGCAUCUUCCGAAGGGAAGAGAACAGCUGAUAUGCCAUGUGUAGAAGAGCAUGGCAGACAUCCACAGUUGACUUCAUCUGGAUUGAUGAAGUCUGAAGCUGGGAUAUGAGUUGCAGCUACCUACAUUCAGUACUCAGUCCAAGACAUGGCCAAACUCAUAUGGACUCACCAACUGUUUGACUCUGUAGCUGUAACAUAAAGCAUUUGCAUUCAGUAGACAUGCCACUAAAAGCAAUAAGGUUGUAAUCCAUCAAAUCCAUUCAUCGUGGUGAAGCCAUGGGUAUGUUACAUGUGUUAUGUGUUAAAUGCUGUGCUUUGAAGACAGACUGGCCAUAACACUGCACACCCAGAAUUUUCAUUAUUGUGACAUCUUUGUUCCAUGUGCUAAUGUUACCUACUAUUACCCGCCACCUUCAUGUGAAAUCUCAGGAUGAGUAUAUCCUGUUUUUUUUCCUACAACAGGAAACCGGUGGAAAGCUGAGAUGGAAGGAAUUUAAUGACAUGAAGGUGAAAAGGAAAUACUUAGAGCAAAGCAAAUGCAAGGAGCCCAAAACAGAAAAAAAGUGAUCUGUCAGUUGUUGGUCAUUUCACCCUGUUCCAUUUCAUACCUUUGUAAUUGUGGUUGUUCAAAACCUAGCUGUUCUGGGUUCACAACAGCAUUAUCUAUUCUUUGACUCUUCGCACCUAUCAUCCAUUAAGUAAUACUCACUUUUUUUAUUUUAAAGUGAUCCCUUAUGACUUCACUUUAUAAUGGCACCCAGCAGGAGAUUAGUCAGAGCUACUGUAGCUUGAUCAGGGGUGAUAAAUAGAUGGGGAUAUGGUGUAGUACAAAUAUUUUUCAUGAAAUAUACAGUUAAGAUUAAUUAUUCUGGAGAUUUCCUCAUGUCUUGAGAGGGAAUUAUGUUACUAAUUAAUAAAUGUACUAAAAAUACUGAUAAGCAAUAUUUGAAUUUUAUGGAUAAGAAAUGGUUUGUUUACAAGUAUGAACUGGAAGUAGAAAGAACUAAGUAGCAAUACAUAGCUAAGAUAUGGAGGUACAGAAUGGCAAAGGGGUGAACAGUCCCGGAACCCAAUUGUCGG